GCCUUGGCUCAUCUGCUGACUGAGGACGAAGCACCUUGGCUAUUUUUUUUAACGUGUGUAUACACUGUAUGUGUGCGUGUUUAUUUACUGUUUAUACGGAAGAGGAACAUGUCCCGCGUUUAGUCUUUAGAACAGGAAAAACGUCCUAGAAGCAAGACAUGCCUUAAUAUAUUUCAUACGUAAGUCCGUUUGGUUUGAGUCAGCGCUUUAACGCUGGACGGAGUGCAGUUUGCUGUCACUAUUUAGCUUAGCUACCUGUGUUUACUAGCUAGCAUGACAGCUAACUAACAUGCUCUCUCGCUCGAGACAUUUCCCUUUGAUACCAAAAAUAUGGAAUAAAUAUUUUGGGUUAGUAAUUUAUAUCAAUAAGAAAUUGCUUAGACGCUACGCGGAUAUAUAGCCAUUCAGCUCAGUUCGCAUUUUGCUAUAAAAAAGACAUAAUUUAGAUAACAGUUCAGACUAAAAUUAUCCCGUUGUUUGGAAAGUGGUUUAUAAGCGGCACUGAGAAGUCAGACUUCCGGCCACUGUGUUUAUACCUGCUACCGCUUCGACACAGCUGUGUCGAGCACUGAGGCGCGAUCUGGUCCCAGUCCCAACCCGCUGAAGCAUGCUGCAAGAAUGCAGCCUGUAAACAAAAGAGAUGCUGGAGUGUGGCAACAAACCCGGAGCCUGCUCUACAAAAACAUCCUCAUCAAAUGGAGAACCAAGCAACAAAGUCUGCAGGAGCUGAUCCUUCCUCUGCUCCUUUUGGGCCUUCUCAUCCUCAUCAGUAUGCUGAACCCCCAUAUCUCUUAUGGCAGCAUCAAUACUACUGAUCUUGAGGAUGAGGAGUACCCGUCAUUCAAAGGCCUGGGCUACACCCCCAUAACAAAUGUCACAAGUCAGAUUAUGGAGGAGGUGGCACAAGAGCUACACAUGCAGGACCGAUUGGAGAUGUUCUCUAGUGAAGAAGACCUGGAAAACGCCAGCCUGUAUGAGCCUCUAAGCUACGUGGGCGUGGUGUUCCUUGAUCAAAUGUCCUACAAGCUACGUUUUCCCUACCACCAGGUCCCCCUACCCAGUGACUACACUGAGUCAAUUGCAAACUGUUACACAAAUUAUUUAAACUGCCGUGCAGCAAACUACUGGGUCUCUGGGUUCAUACGCUUACAAUCACUGAUUGACGCUGCUAUCAUCCAGAUGCAGACGAAACGUUCAGCAUGGAGAGAGCUGAAUGUGCAUGUGGUAAUGAUGGGUCACCCAGGCUCAGUGGAGGUCCAGAAGUUUCCCCAUGCGCUCAUCUCCAUCUAUCUAUUGCUGGCCUUCACGCCAUUCGUCUCCUUCCUCAUUGUCAAUGUAGCAGCUGAGAAAGAGCAUCGACUCAAAGACACCAUGACCAUGAUGGGACUGUAUGACACGGCAUUCUGGCUCUCAUGGGGUCUUCUCUAUGCUGCCCUGGUGACAACUAUGUCUGUUCUUAUGGCUGUUAUUGCCACAUGGACCCCUCUCUUCUCCAACAGCAAUUUCCUCAUCAUCUUCCUCCUCAUUUUCCUCUAUGGCAUAUCCACUAUUUUCUUCUCCUUCUUGCUGACUCCUUUGUUUAAGAAACCCAAGUUUGCAGUUACAAUGGGCUCCAUGCUGACCCUGGUGUUUGGCUCUCUGUCUCUGUUUACUGUGCUGAUGAGGGACUUUCCCCAGCUGGCAGUCUGGCUGUUCUGCCUGCUUUCCCCCAGUGCCUUCUCAAUUGGUAUUGCACAGGUGGUGUAUCUGGAGGCGCAGGAGGAUGGGGCAGUCUUCUCCACUCUGGCUAAUGGGCCGCAUCCACUCUAUGUGCCACUGCUUAUGCUUUGUUUAGACUGCAUCCUCUAUCUGCUGCUUGCCAUUUAUCUAGAGCAGGUUCUGCCAGGUGAGUUUGGAAAGAGACGCUCUAUAUUCUACUUCCUGAAGCCUUAUUAUUGGUCAAGACGCAGAAAGCGCUAUGUGGAAGUGAGCUCUGUGUAUGUGGCAGAGGUGAAUGGAACUCCUGCAGCUGAUGAAUCAGUAGAACCUGUUUCUCCUGAGUUUAGAGGCAAAGAAGCUAUCAGGAUCUGUAACAUCCGUAAAACCUAUAAAGGGAAAGACAACACAGUGGAAGCACUGAGAGGUUUGACCUUUGACAUCUAUGAAGGCCAAAUUACAGCUCUGUUGGGUCACAGUGGAGCAGGAAAAUCUACCCUCAUGAACAUCCUGUGUGGCAUCUGUCCUCCAACAGAAGGCUCUGCUACCAUAUAUGGCUCCCCGGUGGCAGAAAUAGCAGAUGGGGCUGAGAUGAAGCAUCUUGUGGGGAUCUGCCCUCAGUUCAACAUCAUCUUUGAUGUGCUGACUGUAGAGGAGCACUUGAAGAUUUUUGCAGCUAUUAAAGGAAUCCUGCCCUGUGACAUUGAUAAUGAGGUUAAGAAAGUUUUGAAGGCUCUUGACCUGGAAAAGAUCAUGGAUGCACAGGCGAAGAACCUGAGUGGAGGUCAGAAGAGGAAGCUGUCUGUGGGCAUUGCAAUUCUAGGAGACCCCAAGAUCCUGCUUUUGGAUGAACCUACAGCUGGUAUGGACCCAGUAUCACGUCACCAGGUGUGGUCAUUACUGAAGAGUCGCAGAGCAGGCAGAGUUACUGUCCUUAGCACACACUAUAUGGAUGAAGCGGACAUUCUUGCAGAUCGUAAGGCAGUUAUCUCUCAAGGCCAGCUGAAAUGUGUGGGCUCUUCUCUCUACCUCAAAACCAAAUGUGGUGUUGGCUACCACCUCAGGAUGUCUGUGACUGGAACCUGUGAGGUAGACAGCCUCACAUCAUUGGUCAAGCAGCAUGUUUCGAAGGCUGAGUUGUCAAGGCAACAAGAAGCUGAACUCACAUUCACGUUGCCUUUUGAGAGCAUGGAAACAUUUCCAGGGCUUUUUGCUGAGCUGGACAGUAGAUCUGACUUGGGCAUCAUUAACUAUGGUGUUUCCAUGACAACAUUAGAAGAUGUCUUUCUGCGUUUGGAAGCGGAAGCAGAAGUGGACCAGGCAGACUACAGCGUGUUUAACCAGGAGAAGGUAGAAGAAGGAGGUGACGCCUCCUGUCUGGAUGACGUGGACCAGAGACUACUGACCUUCUCAGAGGAAAGGCAUGAUGCAGUGACAGGUCACACUCUCUGGAGGCAGCAGUUUAGCACUGUGGCCUGGCUCCAUAUGCUCAACCUGCAGAGAGAGAAGAAACCCAUCAUAUACAAUGUGACGCUGUUCCUGGUCUUCUUGACUGCAGUACUGGUUCUGUCGCUGGCUACAGGGAAUAUUCAGAUCCACUCCCCUGAGAGACAGUUCCAGCCUAUUUAUCUGCUCCGCAGCCAUGAAGCGCCUCACAAAUACGCUACCAGCUUGCUUGUGCUCAACUCAUCUGAUUCAGAUAUAUCAGGCUUUAUUCAUAACCUGGAGUCUCAAGACAUUAAGGUGGAAAUAAUGAAGAAACCCGACUACAUGUCUGCUGCACCUCACAGUGCUGCCAUCAAUGUAAUAGGUUCUAGUAAGGAUUUUAGUUACAGUGUAGCCUUUAACAGUACCACAGUGCACUCUUUGCCAAUGGCAGUGAAUAUUCUAAGCAACGCCCUCCUCAGAGGCUACAAUGGUACUGGUCACAUAAACACCUGGACCAAACCCUUUGACUAUCAAAUUCCAGAUUCAACGUCUUAUGCUCUGGUUUACAUUGAGGCUGUGAUACUGGGGAUGCUGGCAGCUGGAAUGCCAGCCUAUUUUGCAAUGGACCAUACACGAGAUCGAGAGAUAAAGUGUCGUUCAACACUGAGGAUCUCUGGUUUGGUGCCGUCAGCAUACUGGUGUGGGCAGGCAGCUGUAGAUAUCCCCUUCUACUACCUCAUCCUCAUCUGUAUGACCUGCACAUUGUUCGCCUUUCACUCCACAGACCUGCUUUCCAACAGCAAUGUCUUGGCUGUGAUUAUUUGUCUCAUUGGUUUUUGCCCAGCCACGAUCCUCUUCACAUAUUGUGUGUCAUUCAUGUUUGCUAAAGUCCAGAGCAACAGAGACUUUUUCUCCGUGGUCUCUAUGAUGGUUUGUGUAGUGUCUGCCUCCAUAGUCCAGCUGGUCUUUGUGAAUGAUAAUCCGGGACUAACACGUUUCCUACAUAAUGUGCUGUGUUUCUUCAACCCAUUGUAUCCUCUGAUGGGCUGCCUCAACUGUAUUACCAAGGCUACAUUUCUGCGACCUUUCCAUGAGGAGUUCCUUUGGAAGAAUCUACUUAUUGCUGUUAUUGCUCCCUACUUCCAGUGCAUUUUGCUGCUUUUCUUGCUGCGAUGGCUAGAGAUCUGCUAUGGAGGCCAAACGAUGAAAAAUGACCAGCUGUGCAGGAUUUCUUGUAAAUCCAAGGGCAAAGUGCAGCGGAACCCAGAGGAGAAUAUUAAUGAGGAUGAGGAUAUUAUGGUGGAGAAGGCUCGAGUGAGGGAGGCCCUCACCUGUCAGUGCUGUGAAGAGAAACCAGUGGUGGUGGUGAGUAACCUGAGGAAGGAGUACUUAGUGAAGAAAGAGGGGUUCUCCUUAAGUAAAAAGAGAAAAGUGGCUGCCAAGAACAUCUCCUUCUGUGUCCGAAAAGGUGAGGUCCUGGGGCUUCUGGGACCUAAUGGAGCAGGGAAGAGCACGAUCAUGCACAUGCUCUCUGGAGACACGACUCCCACUGCAGGACAAAUUUUGAUGGGAGACUAUGGCACAGAGUUCAGACCAGUGGAUAACCCACUUGAUCAUGUAGGUUACUGCCCCCAGGUAAACCCAUUGUGGCCUAGGAUCACCCUACAGGAGCACCUCCAGAUCUAUGCUGCAAUUAAGGGUUUACACCACAAUGAUGUACCAAACAUCCUCAGACGUGUGGUUAAUGCACUGGAGUUGAAGGAGCACCUUCAUAAACAGGCUAAAAGUCUGUCUGCAGGCCUUAAGAGGAAGUUGUGUUUUGCACUAAGCAUGCUGGGGAACCCUCAGAUUGUGCUCCUAGAUGAACCUUCAUCUGGGAUGGACCCCAAGUCUAAGCAGCGUAUGUGGAGAGCGAUGCGUGUGGCCUUUAGAAACAAACAGCGUGGCGCUAUCUUGACAACGCACUACAUGGAGGAGGCAGAAGCUGUGUGUGACCGAGUGGCCAUCAUGGUUUCUGGCCAAUUACGGUGCAUUGGUUCCAUACAGCACCUAAAAGGGAGAUACGGUCGAGGUUACAGUCUGGAGAUUAAGCUUCGAGAAGAGCUCGCAGGCCUCCAGCAGGUGGCACUACUACACAAGGAGAUACUAAAGAUCUUUCCUCAUGCUGCACGCCAGGAGAGUUUUGCCACCUUGAUGGUUUAUAAGAUUCCAAUGGAGGAUGUUAAAUCACUAGCCAAGGCUUUCUCUCAGUUAGAAAGUGCUAAGCAGAACUUCAAUUUUGAAGAAUACAACUUUUCCCAGUCUACCUUGGAGCAGGUUUUCAUGGAAUUUGCUAAAGAGCAGGAGAAUGAGGAGGAAGAAGUGGGCUCUCUCAGCACCACCUUCCAGUGGCAGCGGCUCCCGCAGGAUGGCAGAGCAUCCAUCAAUCAUUCUGAUAGCAUUGUGCAUCAGUUGUGAGCCAGCCCUUUCAGCCCUCUGUCUCCCCCUACCAUCUCUCUCUGCCUGUGUGUCUCAGAAAGUUGGUGCCCCAAUAUGAGGUGCCACUGCUACGAGGGUCUGCAGAUCCAUGGAGUUGGCACGAGCACUAAAUCAACCAGCAUGACUGCAUUAUUCACGUCUCAGCUGAUCCCUAAGCUUGUGCUUUUUUUUUUUUGAGACAGAGAGAUUUAAUUUUUGAAUUCCCACCCCCUGAUUUAUUCUACUUACCUUUGCUACACACUGGCCUUUGUGAACAGGUUUAUACCACGUUCACUUGUGUUUUGAGCUUAUCUACCAGCUGCUGGGUGAUGUCAUGCGUAUUGAAUCAAUCAAAAGGUAGGAAAACAAUGCAAAGGAGGGAUAUCGCUGAAUCACUUUCUCACAUCAACACUAAAAAAGGUGCUUUUAGUUUUUGUAGCAAGAGAUCUGUACUUUAGAUCUAUUGUGUAUCCCCUUGUAUAUACUUUUUUCUUGGAGAUCUGAUGCAUGUGCUUGAACCUUCACAAGCACAGUGGGGCUGUGGAGUGUGAGACUUUGUUCUAGCUUCUAUCUCAGCCUUGAAGGUGUUUUUCUGGCUUUGUCAGCAUGACAGCACUGCUGAGACAUACCAGCAUGUGGAGACUCUGCUUCACAAUCCCUCCAUGAGGCAUGAGGAGUGUCCUCUGUCCCUGCUGCACCAGAGGAGCUCUUGGACUCCUUUUCCAACACCAGCACACGCUUCAGGCCCUCAGACAUUCAGCUGUCCAAAGACUGACGCCUGAUCAGCAGGCAUAGACCUGCACAGCAACACAUCAGUGUAGGUACUGAAUGGUACGUGAUUUCACAAAGCGACACCUUUUUUCCCCCUCCUUCAGUGUCUUUGUCGCUGUUUGUGUGUGUGUGUGUGUGUGUGUGUGUUAUUUUCCUUGGGGCCUUCCUUACACCUUCCUGUUCUCAUGUAAAUGUCAUAAAUGAUUGAAUGUAGAAUGUAGUUUCCCAUGCACUCCACUUACAUGCAUGUAGCACUCCAGAUUUGUCAGAAUUGGAACCAUGGCCUAGAGGUGGUGGGGAAGGCUUUGAAGUCAGAGGACUCUCUUCCUUUCCUGUUUUAAUUAUUUAGCAUUACUUCUCAGCAAGUCCUUGAACGCAUGAUGGGACUAUUAUGUGUGGGAUCGUGACAGUUGUUUUAUCCUACUUUUGUAGCAAAGAUUAAGAGCUUUAUGGUGGAGAAUUUACUUUUUAAUGGAUGGAGCUUCUUUUCGAACAUUCCAAGUGUAUUCAUGUAUUUCAUGUAAUUUAUUUUCCCCUCUUGGAAGAAGACUAAUAAUAGGUAUUAACAUUAGUAAUAUUAACGUUGUUGAUUAAAGGUGUUCUCUGGUUGUUGCUUUUUUUGACACAGGCUACACACAGAGUUACAAAUACAAAUUCAACACGAUCUAAAACAAGUGACAGUUUGAAUUAUUUAUAAUUAUAAUUGUAAAAAGGAGAAUGAGCAGAUUAUUGCAAUUAAGGAAUUUAGAGUUUGCAAUAAAGCAGUUCUCUUCAUGUCCCUAUUUUCUUUAUGCAGUUCAACGCAACUGUUUGUUAUAGAGAGAUGUUUUCAUGUUUCAGGUAUGUCAGAGAAGUGCAGUUAAAUUCAGCAGGAAUUAAAAAUAUACACUCACUGUCCACUUUACUAGGAACACCUGAACACCUGCCCAUUUAUGCAGUUAACCAAUCAGUAAUCCGAUCAUGCGGCAGCAGCACAAUGCAUAAAAUCAUGCACAUACAGGUCAAGAGCUUCAGUUAAUGGUCACAUCAAACAUCAGAAUGGGGGAAGCGUGUGAUCUCUAUGACUUUAGCAGUGGUAUAGUUCUCGGUGCCAGAUGGGCUAGUUUGAGUAUUUCAGAAACUGCUGACAGAACAGUUUCUAGAGUUUGCACAGAAUGGUGCGAAAAACAAAAAGCAUCCUGUGUGCGGAGGGUCUGCAGACUGAAACAUCUUAUUGAUGAGAGAGAUCAGAGGAGAAUGACCAGACUGGUCUGAGCUGACAGGAAGUCUAUAGUAACUCAAAUAAGCACUCUUUACAACAGUGGUGAGCAGAAAAGCAUCUCAGAAAGCACAACACAUCAAAUGUUGCGGUGGAUGGGCUACAAUAGCAGAAGACCACAUCAGGUUCCACUCCUGUCAGCCAAGAACAGGAAUCUGAGGCUAUCAUGGGCACAGACUCACCUAAACUGGCCAGUUUAACCAGACAAGGUGACUCUGAUCUUCAGCUGUCCAGUUUGGGUGAGCCUUGAACAUUAACUGAAGCUCUUGACCUGUAUCUGCAUGAUUUUAUGCAUUGUGCUGCUGCCACAUGAUUGGCUGAUUAGAUAACUGCAUAAAUUAUAUAUAAAUUAUAGUUACCUCUUGUCCCUAGGUUAGCAGUUAGAGUUGUCACGCAUUGUAAUGCUUUUUUGCAUUUUGUUGAUUGGUGGUUGGAUGGGUAAAAUGCUCCAUUGAAAGACUGUAUUUUUGUCCAUAAUAAGUAUAAUCAUUAGCAUGCAGUUGAACUCAGAAACUUUGCACCUUUAAUCCUGUGUAAGAGUGGCAGUUUUACCCAGGUGGUCUGGUACACAAGGAGCUAUGUAAAAUUGUUGCAGGUUUUGUCUAUAUGAAAAUCUGUUAAAGGCUGUUCUGGUGUCUUUAGGGGUUGAAUAAUUGUUUGUAUAUUGUACAUUCAAUAUUUUUCUCUUUUACUGCACAAUUAAAACUUUUUUGUCCCUGAAUAUAAAAUGAGGGAGGUAUUCUGAUUAAACCAGUCCUAAAAAAUUGUAAUUCAUGUUAAGAUGGUGCACCGUAUUAAUUUUGGUAUGUCUACUAUAUUGCAUUUUCAAUUAGGGUUUUGAGGGCUUUUGAAAUAUUCGGACUGAACUACUGUCCCUUGCAACUGGCCAUCAUGGAGUACUAACAUUUUAUUUGUAAUAUUAUAAGAAUCGGGUUCAUAUUUAUUUAAACUGUCCAAUAGCAUCAAUGCACUAACAUAAGCAGCGAAGCCAGUUGAUAUUAAAGCCAAGCUGAGUGUGUAAGCUUUCUGCAAAACAUCUGUAAUGUAAUGUGAAUGUUUUGGAGAUUGUUGGAAUGGUUCUACUUAUGGCACCGCUACUUUUGUUUGUGUAUUGAUAAAGUGGCAAUUUGCUAUUUUUUACUAAAUGAGCUUUAUUUUUGCACAUAUGUAGCCUCUUAUACUGGUAUGGCUGAACAUCUGGAUGAUGUUGCUUCUCCUUUCUUAGGGUUCGGGGUAUGUUUAAUGAAAUCUACCUUGGUUAAAUAUACUCAUUUCUACCAAAGUGCAAUAUAGGAAAACCUUUUUGUGUAUGUGCAGUCACUGCUUACUGUAAAUGAUGUGUCUUGCCUAACUGCAAUAUCAGUGUCUAUUUUGUGAACUCAAAAGUGUCUUGCAGUGAAAUGUAGCCACCAAUAUGUAACCUUGUAGAAUGCGUUUGCUUUGUACUCUCUUUAUUUAGUGCCCAGAUACUGAAAAACUAAUAAAAAAAAUCAUUUGAAUAUAGAUUGAAUUUAACAAACAAUUCAUUCACCAGCUGAAGUGGUUAUUUUAACAGAGUUAAUCAGAGGUGUUUUUUUUUUUUCUCUCUCUCUCUCUUUUUUUUUUUUGCCCUUUCACUUUUGCUUCUAGAAUUUCAUGCCUUUUCACAUUUCCAUAUAUAAUAUUUGGUCAUUUUAAACACCACUUAUAGUACUCACACUCACAACUGUGAUUUUAGUUUAAUCACCUCAGGACACUGGAGAUUUUUUUCUAUUUUCUAAUUCUAUUUAAAAUUGUAUUGUGCAAUCUUGUAAAGGAGUGUGCACUAAUUUUCUGAGAACUCUUGUGUGUUACGUGAUCUGUUGUACUUGUUAUUAAUUUUUGGGCUGAUUUACAUUCAAUUCAUUUCUUUAACACGUGUUUAUUAAAAGGCAUUUAACCCACAGAAAUGAAAUAAAAAAUAAAAAAAAACUCCACUAGGCAUAUAUUAUGUAUAUCUGUUUUUUUUUUUAUAAGUUCCCGAUAGAUAGGCAAAUGCAUAAAAUCCAAGCAAAAAUAAUGUAUAUCUACUUUGAAAAUCUAAUGGCAAUUAUGUGAAUAGAGGAGAAAAUGAAAACGUGAUAGAAGGAGGAAAAAAAAUUCUUCUUCUUCUGGACAUUGACAGCAAUUUUAAAAAUAAUAGAAUUUCUUUAAAGAUGACCAUUUAUUUUAGAUAGUGAUUUUUAUCCCGAUACUAUAUUUCUGCUUGGGGCUCGCGACUCAUCUGCUGCUAUUGUGGAUGGAUGCACAUGGACACCCUGAUAAUUUUAACUGCUCCUGUAAUCGUAAAGACUGUCCUGUGCUUAGCCCAGGACUCAUACACAAUUUGCUUAUACUGAACAUCCUUUUAACACACUUAGUUCUGUUUGACUUUACUCUUCUACACCUGUAUACUGUAAUGAUUUACACUCACUGAGCACUUAAUUAGGUACAACUGUACAACUACUCAUUCAUGUAUUUAUCUAAUCAGCCAAUCAUGUGACAGCAGUGCAAUGCAUAAAAUCAUGCAGAUACAGGCCAGCACCUAUGGGUAAUGUUCACAUCAACCAUCAGAAUGGGGGGAAAAAAUGGGAUCUCAGUGAUUUAGAUGGGGUGGUUUGAGUAUUUCUAUAGCUCUAUAUUUCUAUGAUCUCUUGGGAUUUUCACGCACAGCAGUCUCUAGUUUUUACUCAGAGUUGUGCAGAAGAAAUAAACAUACAUCCAGUAAGUGGCUGAGAUGACUACUCUGUACAAUUGUGGUGAGCGGAAAAGUGUCUCAGAAAGCAAAACCUGUUGAACCUUGAGGCAGAUGGGCCACAACAGCAGAAAACCAUGUCGGGUUCCACUUCUGUCAGCUGUGAACAGAAAGCUGAGGCUGCAGUGGGCACAGGCUCACCAAAACUGGACAGCUGAAGACUGGAAAAACGUAGCCUGGUCUGAUGAAUCUCGAUUUUUGCUGAGGCACACAGAUGUUAGGGUCAGAAUUUGGUGCCAAAAGCAUGAAUUCAUGAAUCCAACCUUCUUUGUGUCAACAGUUCAGGCUGGUGGAGGUGGUGUAAUGGUGAGGGGAAUGAUUUCUUGGCACACUUUGGGCCCCUUAACGCCCAUCAAUCAUCGCUUGAAUGCCACAGUCUAUUUGAAUAUUGUUGCUGACCAUGUGCAUCCCUUCAUGGCCACAAUUUAUCCAUCUUCUAAUGGCUACUUUGAGCAUGAUAAUGCACCAUGUCACAAAGCAAAAAUCGUCUCAAACUGGUUUCAUGAACAUGACAAUGAGUUCAGUGUCCUUCCCAGUCACCAGAUCUGAAUCCAGUAGGACACUUUGGGAUGUGGUAGAACGGGAGAUUCACAGCAUGAAAGUGCACCUGAAAAAUCUGCAGGGAUUACUUGAUGCAAUCAUGUCGACAUGGACCAGAAUCUCAAAGGAAUGUUUACAACAUCUUGAGGAAUCCAUGCUAUGAAGAAUUGAGGCUGUUUUGAGAGCAAAGGGAGGCCCAACCCAGUAUUGUUAUAGUGUUCCUAAUAAAGUGCUCAGUGAGUGUAUAAUCCCACUACGUGCUUCGUCUCAAGUUUUCUUGCUCAUGUUGUUUCAGAGAUUGAUCCAUUGUCACCUCUGGCUUUCUUAUUUAAGUAUCUAAAUCUACAUCUGGAUUUUUGUAAAGCUGCUUUGUGGCAAAUUGCUGUACAAAUUAACUGGAAUUUAAAUAACAGAUGGUCCUGAAUGAAUGCUGGACAAUUCAUAUAAUGAUUAUAUCAACACUUGUGACAUUAAAGUGCUUGUGUAGUUGUGACUA